AUGACGACGGGUGAACGAACGCGAAGCACUGAAAGAAGUAGCGAAGUCAAAGCCGACCAUCGUCAGAAUCGGAUAAAGGAAAGUGCAGUGAUUCGACUCGAAGAUCCUAAAAGUUCUAACACUCGUCCCGUCGUUCCUAUUGGCAUCGCAUCCUUGUCUCUGAACAGCACUUCAUCAGCAUUCCUUUGCGUAACGUUAUUUAUGUGCCUUCGUUACCUCUUGUUUCAUACUAAUAAUCAGUCAUCGUAA